CUCGAUUGGCAGCUCCCGCCGCGGCGCCUGAGAACGGUUGUGUCCGCACGCCUCGACGGCAACACUACCGACAACUCGGAUGAUGGCGGCGGCAGCAACCCUGCACCGGCUCCGCCGAAGAAUCUUCAGGCGGCCACAACGCGCAACGACUCGUCCACCCCGACCUUCGCCGCCAUCAAACGCCUCACACGCGAUACCGCCCUCGCAACAUGGACAAGCCAGUGGAAAGACCGCCUGAACAACGACGAAGGCCGGUUCAAAAUCGCGAAGCGCUUCCCCCCGUCAUUCAGAGCCCGUGAACACUUCACGGACACCGAACGCAGCAUCUACGGCCGGAUGCUCCAAUGCCGCACUGGCCACUGCUUCGCAGGCGAAUACUAUGCGGACUUCGUCCCCUCAGAACGGAUGGCAUGCCCAUGCGGCGCACGCCGACAGUCCCGCCAACACAUCAUAUGCGAAUGCCCACAAUAUGAAAACGCGCGCCGACACCUCCAAAAACCAAACGUCGAGCUCUCCCUCACAGACGUCCUCGGCACGAAGAAGGGCCUCCAGGCCCUGGCGCUCUUCCUCCGGGACACCGACGCCUUCAAGAAGGCGACAGCAUCAGUCCCAAACGACGAACUCGACGACCCCCGCGCCUCCCAAUAG